AUGCCUGCUCCAACUACAACUUCAACUUUUUCACAAGGUGCUAUUGAAAGACUACAAACACUCAUUAAGGAAUCAGUGAAAGAUUCUCAUAGAGAUAUUCCUGGUGUUUCUGUUGCCAUUACAAAUUCAAAAGGUGAUGAUUUAUUCCAAUAUGCUGCUGGUAAAAAAGGUGCAGAUUCUGAUGAAGAAUUAACUACAGAUUCUAUAUUUUGGAUUGCAAGUUGUACAAAGCUUUUAGCAUCUAUUGCAUUGAUGCAAUUAGUUGAAAAGGGGGUUGUUGAUUUAGAUUCCUCUGAACAAAUUGAAAAAUAUAUUCCAGAAUUGAAAAAUUUACCAAUUGCCUCGAAUGAUGAAGAAACUAAUGGAUUAAAAUUAAAACCAAGUACACAAAAAAUUACAUUAAGACAUUUAUUAUCACAUACUUCUGGAUUAGGUUAUUCAUUUUUCAGUGAUGUUUUGAAAAAAUAUACUAAAUUUUUCCAUAUUGAUGAAUUUGAUGUUAGUCAUGAACGUGAAUUAUUAUUACCCUUACUUUUUGAACCUGGUUCUAAUUGGGCUUAUGGUGUUGGUAUUGAUUGGGCUGGUGUAUUAUUACAAAGAGUUACAGGUCAAUCAUUAAAUGAUUUUAUUACUGAACAUAUUUUGAAUCCGUUGGGUGUCGAGGAAUCAGGUAUGGAACCUAAUGAAACUUUAAGACAAAAAUUUGUUCAAAUGAGUUAUCGUGACAAGACUGGUAAAUUAUCAAGUACUGAUCAUAUUUAUAAAAAAGUUAUUGCAGGUGAUUAUGAAAAAUAUUUCCAUUCAGGUGGUGCAGGAGUUUUUUCAAAACCAAAAGAAUAUAUUAAAGUUUUAGCAACAAUUUUAAAUGAUGGUGUUUCACCUAAAACUGGUGAAAGAAUAUUACAAAAGGAAACUAUUGAUUCAAUGUUUGUUAAUCAAAUCCAAGAAAAUCCAAAUUUUGGUAGAGCUGGUAUCGAAAGUGCAGAUGAAUUUUUAACAAAUUCAAUUCCUGAUAUUUAUCCACAAGGUGAUAAACCACAAGGUUGGGGCCUUUCAAUGUAUUUGAAUUUACACAAGACAUCAACAGGUCGUGGUAAUAAUUCAGGUUGGUGGUGUGGUUUAGCCAAUUUAUUUUGGUGGAUAGAUCGUGAAAAUGAUAUUGCAGGCUUUGUUGGUGCUCAAAUUUUACCAUUUGCUGAUUUAAAUGUUAUGACUUUAUGGUUUAAUAUUGAAAAAGAGAUUUAUAGUGAUCUUUGGAAGAUUUGA